AAGAAAUCUUAGAUGAGUGUCAUGAAACAUUUGUAUCAUGCUAUCAUGUUUUCUACCCGACUGUCUACCUUAAAUGGACCUCUCUCUGUGAUCUCUUGUCCUCUACUGAAAAAGUAAGCGUGAUGAAAUAUGAUCGCCUGCUGAGUGCCGUGUUUGCUGCUCUUUGUAAUCCUACCGUGCGGCUGCGAUCCACUUUUCCAAUUUUUUCAACUGUAAUGGAAUGCAACGAGUCAUCAUUGAAGCGUCAAUUAUCUCCAGCUGACAAUUCUGGUUUACCCAUGAUGCCUUGCUUAGACACACAUCACUACCCAAUCCUGGUGGAACAGAUGAGUUACAGGAGUCAGUUGGAGGGAGUCAAAGCGCAGAACACUUGGACUUUCAAAGAUGUCUUAGAUCGGCUCCUAGAUCUUAUCUACAUACCUGUGAUGCAAGCUCUGUCACAAGAAAAAGUGAGCCAUUCAAAGCAGCUUGCGCACUACUGCUGUCAACUCAUCGCAAGGGUUGUCGCUGAAUUGACUGCUCAAACAACGGGUGUUGAUGAGGAUGUAGAUGGUGGCUGCGGAAGGGUACUGUACACAACACCUUCUCGUUUUAGUCGAACCAACCCUACGAGAACAUGGAAUACUGGAAACGGAUCUCCUGAUGCCAUAUGCUUUUCAGUGGACCGCGUCGGUAUUGUCAUUGCUGGAGUGGGUGUUUAUGGUGGUGCUGGCAACUAUGACUAUGAACUUGAAAUUCUAGACAAUCAAAGCACCGUAGGUCAAGAAACGCAGCGAUGGAACAGCUUGCAAAUGACACGAGGCACAUUUAGUUCAGAUGACGUCAACAACGAAGAUAUUGCUGAUAUCAAAUUUGACUUUCCCAUUUUCAUUAAA